AUGGCUGAUUCCGCUAAUAAGGAUACUCCAUCAGAGCACAUUAAUGUGAAGGUCCAAGGACAAGAAGGUUCAAUCAUUCACUUCAAGAUAAAGAAAAAUACUCCUUUAAGGAAGCUUAUGAUGGCUUAUUGUGAAAGACUGGGCUUGAAACAGCCUAGCGUCAGAUUCAUCUUUGAUGGGAAUAACGUACAUGAUACGGACACUCCUACUUCGUUGGAGAUGGAGGAAAAUGACACUAUCGAAGUAUUCCAAACGCAAACCGGUGGAGUAUAA